AUGGAGAGAGUAACAAGUAUAGAUCCUUAUGAAAUCUUAGAUGUCAAUCCGGGUGCAUUUUAUCAAGAUAUUCGUCAUGCUUUCAUUAGAAAAAUCAGUUCUCCAUCACGAAGUCAACGAGCAAGCGUAGCUUUAGCAUAUGAAGUCCUAUGCUCGAACGACACAAAAAGAUACACUCGAAAUGGAAAUCGUUUUACUGUUAAUAUAAAAGAUCAGUUCUAUUACGUAACUAUCGGUGAUUACGAAUCAUUUGUCAGAUUAAUAACGAGACAUAAGCAUCUUCUGGAUCAGCGAGAUGAACAUCUGAGAACGUUACUUUAUAUCGCAGCUCGAAAUGGUUUCCAUAAUAUUUGCCAGUUUCUAUUGAGAGUAGGCUGUCAAAUAAACGAAACUCAACAUUGUGGAAGUACUGCGUUGCACGCAGCAGCUUAUUACAGGCAUCAACCAAUCGUUGAACUUUUGCUUGAAUAUGGAGCACAUCCAACUAUCCGAAAUGGAUACGGUCAUACAGCUGAAGAAGAAAGUGGCAGUGAAGCGAUUAGAACUUGUAUUUUAUCACAUACGGUCGACAAAAUUAAUCGAAUGGUAAAUCGUUUGAAACAAGAUGGUCACGCCAAAAACAUGAUUGUCUUAAGACAUAAUGAUCGAAUCAUUGGUAAAAAGAUUCUUCGAAGUCCGGAUUAUUUGUCGAAUCAUUCCCUAGCAUAUUUGACUCAAAACUGGACAUUAGCUUGGCAUGGUACAAAAUACGAACAUUUACAAUCGAUUAUGAAAUAUGGCUUACAUCCAGCUGGAACAGUCCUUUCUCCAAAUAAUAAAAUAUCCACGCAAGCUGGUCAUAUUGCAUUGAACAAAAAAGUCGGAGAAUUUGAUAAUUGGGCUCAUGCCGUGUUCAUUUCACCGAGUAUAUUCUAUGCAGCGGACAUUGUUUAUUCGGAACGGAUUUUCUCCGAUAAUCAACGAUGGUGCGUACUUGUUGAAGUUCGAGUGAAGCCCGGCUCAUUUACUAAGCACAAGCAAACACUACUGAACCAACGGUUGUUGUUACCGGGCGAACCACAAGAUAUAGAAUAUCGAGUGGCGGUGACUGCCGACAAUGAUUUUAUUCUUCGAGUUGAAUCAAAUGAGAAUGUGAUUGUUACAGCGUUAGUCUUCAUCAAUUUGAACUUUUUAGAAAACAUCGAUGAAUAUUAUCAAGGAGAAAAUCUUUUUGCUAACUCUGAAGCUGAAAGAACUCUUUUUCAAUAA